AUGGCCUGCCUGCUCUACACUCAACUAUUUCUGCUGACCACCCUCACAUUGUUUCUGAAUCUGAGUCUUUACCCUGUGCUAAGUCAGAUUGCGGGUGACACAGAGGAAUCUAGUAUGGAGGAGGAAGGUGCCCAAGAAGCCCUGAACGGUGCUGUAUUCCAGUACAAUGAAAAACGCAGUGACUUGUACGUGAGCCGCGUGGUGGAAGUGAAGAGUGUCCGAAAGCGGACAAAAUCUGGAAAGACCUUCUUUUUUGAUGUGAUCCUAGGCAAAACAACAUGUAUGAAGAACCAGAUUGACUUGACCAACUGUCCCUUAAAUGAACAGACUGACAAGCAAGAGCGUGAAUCCUGCUCUUUUGAGGUUCUUUUACCCUCGUGGGCAGAUUAUAUAAUCCUGAUGGACUUCAACUGUGAUGGAUACUAA